AUGACCGACCCAAAGCGUGGCCGUGUCUACGAGACACAAACAGAAAUGGAGAUUGAGAAGGGCCAACCGAGGACGUUAUGGGGUGUAAUAAAAGAAGUGUUCAAUUGGUAUCCGUCUCACUAUCCCGCCGAAGAGCGAAAACUUUUGUUCAAGCUUGACCUCUCCAUCCUCAUUUUUGCAUGCCUGUGCUUUUUCACGAAAUACCUCGACCAAUCAAACAUCAGCAAUGCCUACACCUCAGGAAUGAAAGAGGACCUCGAACUCUACGGUAAUGAGCUCAACUACUUCAACGUGAUGUACUUCACGGCCUACGUCAUUGCUCAAAUACCCAUGCUCUUGCUCAUAUCCCGCCCCACGCUCGCCCGAUACAUGCUUCCUACCUUGGAAAUUGCCUGGGGCAUCCUCACGUUCGCGCAAAGCCGCGUCACCAGCGCACGACAGCUGUACGCGCUUCGCUUCUUCGUGGGGCUGUUCGAAGCCCCUGUCUUCGCCGGAACGCAUUUCAUCCUCGGAAGCUGGUACCGCAAGCAGGAGCUGUUCAAGCGGGCGGGUACCUGGUUCAUUUGCAACUCGCUCGGGACCAUGGUCAGCGGUUACCUUCAAGCUGCGGCAUACACGAACCUCUCCGGUGUCGCCGGUCUGUCAGGGUGGCGCUGGCUCUUUAUCAUAGAUGGAAUCUUCACCAUCCCCGUCGCUCUUGCCGGCUACAUCAUCUUCCCAGGCAUUCCCGAGUCGCCCAAGCCCAUCUUUCUGACCCAUGACGACAUCACCCUCGCCAAAGCGCGGAUGGCUGAGGAGAAAGUCCGACCGCCGAGCAAGCUUACCCUCGACGUCUUCAAACGCAGCCUGAGCCGAUGGCACAUCUACAUCUUCGUAUUCUGCUACAUCUGCAUGAUCAUCUCUUACUACCCCGUCAGCUACAUGAACUUGUGGCUCAAGGCCGAAAACUUUUCCGUCCCCCAAAUCAAUAAACUUCCAACCGCUCUGAAUGCCAUCAAUAUCCUCUCGUCCUGGCUGGGCACCACCCUUGCGACCAUCUAUCCGAGUUGGGUCAUCUACUCGAUUGCGAUGGCGGCGUGCGUCUUCUCGAGCAUUUGUAUGACCGUGUGGAAUAUCCCCACCGCGUUAAAGUUUGUCGCCUGGUACGCGUUCGGUCUGGCUGGUUGUUCGAGCCCAAUUUUGUACUCGACUGUAAACACUGUGCUGAAGGAUGAUGCGGAAGAGCGAGCGCUCACGGUGGGCGCUAUGAUGUCCUUUGGCUACAGCUUCAACAUAUGGGUCCCUCUGCUGCUCUUUCCCACGGCAGGAGACUGGGGAGCACCACAGUGGAAAGCUGGCUGGCCAAGUAGUAUCGCGCGAGAGAGGCGAGAAGAUGCUGAGGGUUCUGCGUAA